GUAGUCGGCAGAAGUCCAGAAGUCUGGAGUCCCACGUGAUCGGUACAUCGAACUGUCUUUUGGCUGCGUCAACUUUACCCUUAAAGUUGGACCUGGCUGCGCCGCCAUGUACGUGUGCCUGUGAUCUCCGCACGCGGCCUGGUGGUGUAUCAUAUAACCUCUUCGGACAUUGAACCAGCAUUGCACAUCUCAGCGACGUCAUGUGGUUCACUCUGCAGACUGCCCAGCCGCAAUUCGAUUGGACGCGCACCACUGCACGCACGGAAGGACAAGCUCUUCCAUUACAACGGUUUCCAGCAUAGACAUCAUUAAAAUAAUGCCAAUUCAUUGAAACUGUAGAAACGUCGAUCUGUGUCCAGGUGUUUUUGAAUCGGCUGGCGCGCGCUCGAGCAUCUCUAGCCGUUACGCUCCGCUUUAUCUGCCGUAAGCCCAUCCAAACUAGUGGCCUGAUAUCUAGGUAAAAUGUGUGCUAGUAUUCCCUGACUACGGACAUGCAAGGGGUCCCUCCUGUCGGGAGGGUAAUGCAAGCGUACGCGGGUAUCACACGCGGGCGGGCCGGUUCAACAUGAUCCGAACUGCGCCCUCUGAGGAGUUAUUAUAAUAGUCAUAGAAGAGCUUGCAGCUGUGUUCAUAUAUAUCCCACUGACCUACGUGUUCUGACCACUUGAAACAGCAUCGAAGCUUUUUUUUGCAGAGGCCUCGGUCGGGCGGCCGCGUCGCCUGUAGGUCAACGACAAAAUGUUCUACAGCAAGUCCAGACCACAGCAUGCGGCCCGCACCAACGUCGCGCAGGCCGCGGCUAAUGAAAAGCCAAAGGUGCCAGAGCUGGAGGAGUUCCUCACGAAGCGCGAUUAUCUGGGUGCUAUCGCACUGCUUUCGUUUAGACGUCACGCCAACCGGAACGACCUGAAGAACCUCGAAUGGCUAGCAUACUGCUACUUCCAUUACGGGGAACACGACAAGGCCCUAGUAAUCUACAAGGAGCUGUUGCAGCACGAGGACCCGGACCCGAUGUUUUUCGUGUACUCGGCAGCAUGCCUGUACUACAUGGGCAUGUAUAAGGAGGCGGAGGAGCAGGCGCUGCAGGGCCCCAAGUGCGCGCUGCAGACGCGCAUCCUGUUCCACAGCGCCCAGCGGCAGGGCAACGACGACAAGCUGAUGGCCUACCACGGCCAGCUCACGGACUCCAUUGAGGACCAGCUCACACUCGCCAGCAUCCACUACCAGCGCAGCCACUUCCAGGAGGCCACGGACAUCUACAAGCGGCUGCUGCUGGAGCACCGCGACUACCUGGCGCUCAACGUGUACGUGGCCCUGUGCUACUGCAAGCUGGACUACUACGACGUGUCGCUGGAGAUCCUGGGCGUGUACCUGUCCGCCUUCCCCGACUCCGCCAUCGCCGUCAACCUCAAGGCCUGCAACCACUUCCGCAUGUACAACGGCAAGGCGGCUGAGGCGGAGCUGAAGACGCUGGCGGAGCUGAGCGGCGGCCAGCACCUGGACCACGACCUCAUCCGACACAACCUGGUGGUGUUCAGGGGCGGAGAGAACGCGCUGCAGGUGCUUCCCCCCCUGUCCGACAUCCCUCCCGAGGCGCGUCUGAACCUGGUGAUCCACCACCUGCGCCACCACGAGGUGGGCGAGGCCUUUGGGCUGAUCAAGGACAUGGAGCCCUCCACGCCGCCCGAGUUCAUCCUCAAGGCGGUGGUGCACGCCAUGCUGGGCCAGGUGAAGGGCGACCCCGAGCACCUGAAGAAGGCGCAGCAGUACUACCAGCUGGUGGGCGCCAGCGCCAGCGAGUGCGACACCAUACCCGGCCGCCAGUGCAUGGCCAGCUGCUUCUUCCUGCUCAAGCAGUUCGAGGACGUGCUGGUGUUCCUGUCGUCCAUCAAGACCUACUUCCUCAACGACGACGACUUCAACUGGAACCUGGGCAUCGCCAAGGCCGCUACGGGCAAGUACAAGGAGGCUGAGGAGACGCUGUUGCAGAUCGCCAACGACAAGUACCGCAACGAGUACACCUACACCUCCUGGCUGGCGCGCUGCUACAUCAUGAACGGCAAGGCGCGCCUGGCCUGGGAACGGUACCUGCAGCUGGAGACCAACGACGAGUCGUACCAGCUGCUGCUGCUGAUCGCCAACGACUGCUACAAGAUGGGCGCCUUCUACUUCGCGUGCAAGGCGUUCGACGUGCUGGAGCGGCUGGACCCGGCGCCCGAGUACCUGGAGGGCAAGAAGGGCGCUGCGUGCGGCGCCUUCCAGAUGAUCGUGGCGGGCAAGGAGCCCAAGGACCUGCUGCGCGACGUGAUCAGCCUGCUGCGCGGCAACAACAGCGCCGACCAGUGCGAGCCCAUCGUGGCGGUCAUGCGCAAGUGGGCCAAGAACAACGGCGUCAAGCUGUGAGCGGGAGCGGGAGGCGGGGUGUUUUGAGGGCGGAGACGGAGGAGGAGGACGAGGAGGAGGAGGAGGGGCAUGAAGGGAGUGCAGCAAGGAGGAGGAGGAAGGUACGGUAAAGGAAUGGGUUGAGGAUGGGGAGCCGCGGCGGAGCUUGGAGCUGCUGAAAUGCCCGGCUAUGCGGCGCGCGUGCUUGCGGGCGCGGAAUGAUCGGGGAGGUGUCUCCGACGCUGACACAGCGUUAGUUGGAGGAGCGCUUGCCGAAAGGUGUACAUAGCAGUGAUCUAAACUUGACGCACAGACGAUGACUGGUGACGACGAGCAAGAUGAGGAGGAGUUUAUUAGGUGCUGGUGGCCGUGUGCCAGGCACGGACACGUGGCGCCCUUGUUUCGCGGCGGUGCGGCGCUGAAAAGCGCCUCUGCACGCGCCCUCAGUAGUGACUUUCGGUGAUGGGCGAGGCGGUGGCCGGCGGCCUGAUACGGUACUGAAGACUCUGAGUUACAGGCGGCACGGGGCAGUUACAGGAACGCUCAUGUAACGACUGCCAAUC